AUGCAGAGUCAGCUUGUUCAAUUUGGUCUCGAUCAACACAUGGACAAUAUUACUUUUGUUACUGAUCAUGGAAGCAACUUCAUAAAGACUUUUCGAGUGAAUAAAGUGUCAUUUUGUGUAGCACUUAGAUUAAAUAAUAUCUUAAAACGAUGUUUUUAUCAAAACCCAAUAAAAACCAAUUCAAUUAAGUCAUCAAAUACUUCAGUUCAAUCAAAUACAACUAUCACUGAAAUUCAAGAAACACCAAAAAAGAAAAAAAAGAAAUCUAUAGCCAAUCUUCAACCAUCACCAGAAAUCGAAGAUUCUACGGAAGGUAUUCGUGAAGAUGAAUCAGAUGAUGAAGAAGAUGAGGACGAUGAUGGUGAUAGUUGUGGUUAUGGCGAUAACUGUGAUUUUGGUGAUAAUCAUGAUUACAAGGACUUAGCUUUUAAUCAAUUACCAAAUAACAUUCUUGAAAUAUUAACUACAAUUAAGAACUGUAAAUCAUUGGUUAAAUAUAUAAAAAAAAGUGGUUUGAAUCGACAAUUGCAGCUUUUGCAAAACAAAUCUGAGAAUGAAGAUUCAGAUGGAGAUACAAGUAAAAAAGCAAUUGAAAGAAGAACUCUCCAUCAAUCAUCCAUCGUUCGAUGGUUAUCACUUUGUGAACUUUUGGAAAGUAUAAAAAUUGCAUAUCCAUCUCUAUUUAUUUUGCUCAAUAAUAAUAAACAAAAUUACCGCAUACAGAAAAUCAAUAUGGGUAUUGUAGAAAAAUUAAUUCAUUUUUUUUAUCCAUGGAAAGUUGUUCUUAAUGAAUUACAAAAAACAAAUGCACCAUCACUCUUUCUUGUUCUUCCUUCAGAAUGA